AUGGACGGCGACGUCGCGACGGCCAGGACUCGGGCGGCUGUCUCCUCGCCGAGACUCGUGAACGUCAGCGGCACCGCCAACGCACCAUUGGCUUACAGACUGCGCAAUGUCGCCCGACGCAGCAAGAAGAAGCCGAAGAUGCCUCCGGAUAAUCGGUACGAGGCAAUCGUCGAGGCGAUCGAGGACGACAAAAGAUUUGCCCUGCUAACGCAGGACGAGCGCCGUCAUAAGAGGAAGUUAAUCAGUAUCAAUGUACAGAAGAUAGUCGAUCAAGGUAUGGAGGCAUACGAAGAGGACCUCGAAGUGCGUCGCGAUAACCUUCGGAGGCUCCUGCUGAUCGAGGAGGCGGAUUUGACUCGCGAACUCAUUCAAAUGGUGAAGGACCUGGAGGAGAAACGCGAGAUGAAACUUGCAGCUAAGGCGGCCGAGGCCGAAAAGGAGCGUGAAUUUGCGCGCCAAGAGCUCCUGCAUGAGAAACAGCUCCAGCAGUUUGUGCUAAUGAACCCGAAAUUGCGAGAAGUGCGGAACCGCAUGCGGACGGAGGACACGAAGCGGGCGAAUGUCGCGCAGAUGGCGGAUAACGAGGAGCGACGCAGACUCGAGUGUGAAAGAAUUGCCUACUGGGACCAAUUGAUGUUGGAUCGAAAUAACGCCGAGUUGACCGCCGAUGCAAAAAGCGCAAAAAUGCGAGCAAACCACAAGCGCAAUUUGGUAAAGGAACUGCGGGAACAAAUGGAGGCAAAGUCACGCUAUCGUCCACCAGAGGACCUGAUUGAUGAGAAUGUUAGGAUCCUACCGAUGCGCGAUCCACUGGUUGAGCAGCAAAUCAAGCGAGAAAAGAAUCGAAAACUACGCGAAGACUUGGAAAAGCAGAUCCUCGAGUCAAAGCGUGCCUUGGAAAUGAGGGAAAACGAGGAAAAGUCUCUAAAUGAAAUGACCAGUGCACUCAGCAUUCGUCCUGACAUAUCGGAUAUCGAACAACAACAGAAUCGAGAAAUCAGGCGCAGGGAAAUCUUUGCUUACAUGGAGAAUCUAAGGGGAUUCCGCGAGGUCUUGGCGGAACGCGAGGCGAAAGCCGACGAAUAUGCGCACCGCUGGGUCAAGGAGAUGAACGAGAAGAAGUCGGAGGCGCAACGCUUAGCCAAGGAGAAGAAGAGAAGAGCAGACCACGAGCUCAAGCACGCCUGGGACCAGCAACUCGAGAAUAAGCGCAGCCUCCAACAAUCGGAGCUCGAUCCAGGUAACCGCGGACAUCCGCAACUCCAUCUCUUAUGUUAG